AGAACAAAAAAGUUACUGUUUGUUAUUUCCGUUGGCCGCCCAGUAUAUUCAAUUAAAUCCUCUUCUCUGAAAUGAUUCAGUAGAAAAGUGGUAGUGGCAAGAAGCACUAAAAAAAGAACCAAUUAAUCAAAUUCAGUCACAGGAAGAGAAGAAAAAGAUUGUUUAAUUAUGGCUAGCAGUAAUGGAAGCGACGACCAACUAAAGCGAAUGGCAGAACUCAGCAAAACCCUAAAAGAAGGAGAGAGGAUUGUUGCGCCCACACGAAGACCCGACGGUACUCUCCGAAAACCCAUCCGGAUUCGAGCCGGUUACGUUCCUCAAGAAGAAGUCGCCAUUUAUCAAUCCAAAGGUGCCCUGUGGAGAAAGGAGAUGGCCUCACAGGAUGUGGUGCCAGGUUAUGAUCCAACUGCAGAUACAAAGCCCAAGACCAAAUCAGUAAAGAGGAAUGAAAGAAAGAAGGAGAAGAGGCAGCAGGCUGCACUUGAAAAAGGUAAGCACUUGGAAGAAAUGACAACUGGAGAUAUGAAAAAUGAAGAAGCAGUACCUGCUGAGGAUUUAGGCUGUGGAUCAGAAUCUGUCAAGUAUUUGACAUCUCAAAUCAACGAGCUAACUGUUUCUUCAAGUCCAACUGUAGCUGCUCCUGUUACUGACUCAAUUGAAUCUUCAGAACCAGGAACUCUGACUCAAGAUAUUGAUAAAAGAAUCAGAGCACUUAAGAAGAAGAUUCGACUAGCAGAAGUACAACAGCAGAAAACUUCAGUGCAGGACAUGAAGCCAGAGCAGCUGGAGAAGUUCUCAAAAUUCGAAAGCUGGCGGCAGGAGUUGAAGCUUUUGGAGGAGAAAAAGGCAGAACUAUCAAGCUCAUGAAUUUUUGGUUUCUAUUAAUGCAACACAAAAAACCAUGAGGUUUUGUUGCAGGUAUAAGUGGUGAAAGCUGCAAAUGCUGUAUCUUAGGAACAGAAAUUCAUCUAUCCAGAUUUUGUUCUAGACAUGGUGACUGAAUUUGCAUAAUUUUUAAUAUUUAUAUAAUUUUAGUUACUAUAA